UUCUCCUCGUCCUGCCGCAUGGCCAUAAUGUGGUGCCAUGCAAUGUCAUAUACCCUGUAUUCGUACGAGCAUUGUCAUUCUUGAUUCCUGAGACCGGCUCUUAAUAAUCUUCCAUCGUCCUCUCAAAAGCACUGUCAAGGUAGGCCAAUCCGUUUGUGUAUUCUACUCGUGGCCCUCUGUUUUCGUCACAGCCCACUGCCCUCACACGACUCGACUCGACUCGACACCCAUCAUGUCGGGCAACGAGGAUUUCGAGCCAGACGGCCAUCAGCGAAGAAAUUACAAAUCACCGUACACUUCUCGACAUCCUAUUCCCACCGUACAAAAGUACAGAGCCGAACGAAGCGAGCUGAAGGGCCAACAACAACAAGCCGAGGACGCACAGCACGACGAAGAAGACGAAUCCACCGUCAAAAGAGCCUUCCAUGCGGCUAAAGGCGUCAUCACAGGCGACGAGCCUCCCAAGUCCACCCACGACCCAUACAAGACCGAGAACAGAAAUCUGCAAGGUACACCCACUCCUUCGGAACAGUCACGCGGGGAACCCCAAGAUCAGAACGAUGGGAACCAGCAACAGACACAGCAAGAUGACAGGAAGGAAAAGGAGAAGAAAGAUGAAAAGACGCACAAGGAAGGGAAAUCUGCCACGGAGGCUGUCGCCAGCGAAGUCGACCCCAGACAGAAGAGAAAGGCCAUGAAACAUAAGCCGCGUAGUGACGGUGGUAGAGAAGUCACGGAUCCAGUUACACAUUUACCGAUAGUCAUCAGGGACUCGACCCACAAAGACCUCAAGACCGCAGGCGAGAACAUACCAGCCGUGGGCACGCAACCGAAGACGAGGACCGGUCCUGCCGGGGCGGAUAAGUCAAAGGAAGAUCUAGACCAGGAACGAGACGACCUGCAGAAGAGUCAUGCGGGCAUGCAGAAGUUGUUCCCGCCUCCAAGCUUCGAUGACUUGAAGGAUGAAUUGGCGAAGACGUAUCAGCUUGCGCUGACGGUCGGGUUGGGCAGUGUGGUCCUGCUGGUGUCGCUGUGUAUGGCGGCUGUGCAGCUUUUUGACUUGGACUUCUCCCGGCAUGGUGAAAAGAAGGGCUCGAAGUUAUUCUCGAUCAUUCCUGCCACAGCCAUCCUGCUGACAUCCGUCGGAGUGGGGUUUGCACUGGUAUGGGCUGUGCAAGGAUGGCUGGGCAAAAAGGUCGAGGAGGUGUGGAAAGACGAGGUCUGGGACGCAGCAAGAUCAGAGGAGCUACAGGCGAAUGACUCGAACGACGUCGUUCCUGAGUCUGUGGCCUGGUUGAAUAAUCUCCUCGCCUCGGUGUGGCCGCUGAUCAAUCCGGACCUGUUCACUUCGAUAUCCGACAUGCUCGAAGAUGUCAUGCAAGCUUCUCUGCCCAAAGUCGUGCGGAUGGUCAGUGUCGACGAUCUCGGACAGGGGAGCGAAGCCUUCCGAAUCCUCGGCGUGAAUUGGCUGCCUACGGGAGCGGCGAGUCAGUCUGUGAGUUCCGACGGCCAAGUCAAGUCCGGCGACGAUAGUAAAGGUGGUGGGAGCGAUAGGGCGGCUCCUGGACAAGGGCAAAUCGAGGACGGCCAAUCAAAUGACGACGGCAACGACGAGGAUAAGAAAGGCAAUCAGGACAACCAACAAGAUGAGCAGACACAGCAGGCCAUCCGCGAAGGUAUGGAGGCUGAGCAGGGCGACUUUGUGAACAUGGAGCUCGCAUUCGCCUAUCGAGCUCGAUCGUCCGGAAAAUCUUUGCAAGCAAAAGCGAAGAACGCGCAUCUCUAUCUCAAGUUCUACCUACCCGGCGGGAUUGCUUUGCCUGUCUGGGUCGAACUCAGAGGUAUCAUCGGCACGAUGAGACUGCGACUACAGCUUACCCCGGACCCUCCUUUCUUCAGCCUUUGCACAUUGACAUUUAUGGGACAACCGCAGGCGGAUUUGUCCUGUGUGCCAUUGUCAAGACAUGCACUCAAUUUGAUGGAUGUACCCCUGAUAUCAUCUUUCGUCCAAUCCUCAAUCGAUGCCGCGCUGGCCGAGUAUGUCGCCCCAAAGAGCUUGACGCUGGAUCUCAAGGAUAUGCUUGUGGGCGAUGAUUUCAAGAAGGACACCGUCGCACGAGGUGUGGUCAUGAUCUUCAUCAAGUCUGCGCAAGGCUUCAAAGAAGGCGACGGCGGUUUCGGACCGUUCAAAGGCUCAAGCGACGCAUACAUGACAGUGUCGUGGGGUAAGUUUGGCAAGCCUGUGGCCUCUACCAGGAUUAUCGUCGAUGACCAAGCACCUGCUUGGCACGAAUGGUCUCAUAUAUUGGUCACUGCAGAGGAAGUGAACGCUGACGAGAGAUUGCGGCUGCAACUCUGGGAUUCGGACAAGUACACAGCCGAUGAUGAUCUAGGUCGCGUUGAAGUCGACUUGAAAGAACUUAUGCACAGUCCCAAGUUCAAGAACACAAUGUGUGACCGGGAAGACCGGUUUGUAGGCGAAGAUGCCGACGAACAAAUGCCCGGCACUCUGCAAUGGCGGGUAGGCUACUUCACGAAGACCACGAUCACCGAGGAACAACUGGCCAAGCAGACCGCUGAGCCGGAAAUCAGGUCGGAAGCGGACCUACGCAAGAAAGUCAGCGAGACUGCCGAGAGCAAAUUGCGCGAAGCCACGGCGCACGAUGAGAGUAAAGAGAUCAAGCAGCAGAAGCAGGAAGAUUACAAGGAGCGCGAAGACCAGUUGAUGAUAUCUAGUCCUCCACCAAAUGAUUAUCUUAGCGGGAUAUUCAGCAUUCAGGUCCACAACAUCACGGGCCUUGAAGUCCAAUCGCUACAGAAGAAGGAUAAGAAGGACAAACAAGGCGACCAGGAGGACGAAUCGGAGCACAGCGAUGACAUGCCCAGUAGUUACGCGACGAUCAUACUGAACCAUCAGAAGAUCUUCCGAACGAGAACGAAGCCGAAGAACGCGAAGCCUUUUUUCAACGCAGGCACGGAGCGUUUUGUACAGGACUGGACGACGGCGGAGGUCAUGAUCAGCGUGCGCGAUGAUCGUGAGACCGAGGAUGAUGCGUUGCUCGGCAUGAUCUACCUCCCGCUGCGACACGUGUUUGAGAAGAGGAGCCAAAUCAUGCAGACGUACCCUCUUGUGGGAGGCAUAGGGUACGGCAGAGCGCGCAUCAGUAUGGUCUGGCGCAGCGUGAAGCUGAAAUUGCCUAAAGAGUUGAUGGGUUGGAAUUAUGGCACGCUCGAGAUCAAAUGUCCUGUGCGUUCGAAGGGCGGGGCCGACAAGCCCUACGCACACCACCGAAUCAAAUUGAGGACGAACCUGAUGAGGGCGAAGAUGGUGCCUGCUAGCGACCCGGACAAAGGACAGGCGAUGUGGAAGCCAAAGAGGGACAAGGAAUCGGUGUUCUUGGCCGUUCGAAAGAGGUAUUCGAGCGCCUUGAUCGUCGAGUUCCGCAAGACAGUGCUCGGGCCGGACUCGACAAGUCAAUUUGCCGUGUUCUGGUUGCAAGACAUCCCGGACGAAGAGGAGAGGACUGUGUCCGUAAAGAUCUGGAAGGGCAACAAGGAGGCGUUGCACCGCGCCACGACGAGUUAUGGGUACAGUGGGUCCGACGGGGAGCAGCCGCUGGGGGACAUCGAGUUGACGCUGAAACUGUGGAGAGGGCUGAGCGGAUAUCACAAGAACUAUGCCAAUCGGGGGCAUAAUACCGAUAUCAGGGAUGUCAUUGAAGUGCUUGAUACGGCGAAUGAUGAGGGCCAGGUUUCUGACGAUGAGGGCGAUUCUGGGGAUUCUUCAGAUUCAGAGUCGACGUCGGCGGACGGAGAUACCAACGGCGAGGCGAAAGAGAGUAAGCGUCGGAACAAGAGGCUACGGACGCAUGCGAACGACGACAGCUCAGACAGCGAUAGCGAGGCGGGCGAGACGGAGUCGUCGAAGCUGGAUCCGACGCAGCUUGCCAGCAAGCCGCUGCAGAAGGCCAAGGAUGUGGUUGAGAAAGUGCUUGAUGUGGACGGGCACAAUAAUGAGGAUGACGGGUCGAGAGGGGCCAGAGCCCAGGUCAGGGACUACAAGGACCACCACAAGCAGCUGCACAGAAAGCACAGGGGAGUUAUGCAAUGGAGAGGAGCGAGGACAAUGGACUGGAUGGCUGGGAAGGCGAAGCGUGCAAAGGGUAGGGUUGGUGAGGUUUUUGAACAUAAUGAUGAUGGUAAGAGUGGAGGUGUCGAGACUGAAGUAUAAAAGGGCAUGAUGAUGGGCCGUCAUCUGUUGAAUGGAAGGGGAACAUGAUAAUCCUAAUAAAAGCAACAAGACUCGGCUGUUUGUCGAUCGGUGCUUGUGUAUAGAGUACCCAACCGCGCUCUGCAGGACGUGCCGUGGGGAUCCAGACCAGUAGGGCUCCACAACCUACC